GAUUUCUAGUUGAUGGUGUUGGUGGACGUUGAUGGAUGACGAAGGCAAGAUGGAGAAUUACCUGAAAAGAAGCGACUCUUUCGGUGUCGACUAACACAAAAGUGUCUGUGUCGCUAAUUAUUCCAGUCAUUGCCGAGAUUCAUCAUAAAAUGAUUCAAGUAAAUGCACAGUUGCGAACACAGGAAGGAAAAGAUAUAUAUGACCUUGUUCAGAAACGAUUAGUGGAAAGACUUGAUUCCUUUGAAACGCGCACAAUUCCUCGCAUCGCUACUCUCGUUGAUCCUCGCUUCAAAAAAGAUGGCUUUCUCCGAAGUUCAAACGCAGACCAAGCAGCUAAAGCGUUGGAGCUGGAAUUGCUCUCUCUUAAAUCAACAACUCCACGACGUCCACCAACACCAGAAUCAACUUCAAACGAGGCAAGCAGCAAAUUUUCAUUUUUGCAAAAUAAGCCUAAAGUAAAGUCUACCAGAGCCGAUGCCAUUAUUGCCACAAGGCAAUAUAUGGAAAAAGAAAACAUUCCUGACACUUGCGACCCCUUGAAGUAUUGGGAGAUGACUGCUGACAACGAACUGAAAUUGGUUGCAAAAAAAUUUUUCUGUAUACAAGCCUCGUCCUGUGAGUCUGAACGAGUAUUCAGCAAAGCUGGACAAACCAUAUCUGACCGCAGGACAAGGCUUAAACAUGAAGUUGUUGAUCAACUUUUAUUCCUGAAUCGAAAUAGACACUUUAAAUGAUCUCAAAUAAAUCUCAUGUUACUGUU